AUGGAUUUGAACGCGCAAAGAAGCCCAUUCAAAGCAUCAGGUAACUUCACAGAUGCAGAACACGAGAAACUGCUGAGAAUCGUCCAGCUAAACAAGAUGAAGACCAUGAAGCUGGAGAGACUGAACCAGUACAACAACCGGCUGAAACAAGAGCUUGCUCGCGAGCGCAUCAAUGCUUCCAACAGCUCGCUCAUGAUCAUUAAAUAUACCGAAACUACACAGCAGGUACUCUGA